AUGGGCAUUAUUUCACAGGAUGGUGAAUCUUCUGCAAAGACAGAUACACAACCCAGUACAGCUGAUACUGAUUUCCUGACAUUCAGUCAAGAUGAUGAUGACUCCAUUGCAAAGACAGAAACACAGCCCAGUACAGCCGAAACUGACUCCAUGACCUUCAGUCAAGAUUUAUCUCAAACUUCUAGCUGGAGUACAGAUGAAAAGAAAGGGGACAUUCUUCUAGAUGAUGUCAACACUGCCCUGUCGUUAUUGUCUAAUGGUAAGAUGAGUCCAUUGAAAUAUCAAGUCAGAACAGAUAUAGCUUCAUUACAUCCUUCAUCAAAACGUAUGCUUAAACGUAAAGCUACAACUGCCAUUGAAGCAUUGAUGGAUUGUUUAGCUCCAGGUCAAGCAAGUGAGCUAACCGAGUUGAUAAAGAUGGAGAAACAGCAUUCACCAGUCCCUGAUUUAACUACCACAAUUGUAAAAUUGUAUGAGAAUACCAAUGAUUGCAACAUGAAAAAACAGAUGUUGUCAAUGUUGGCAAAAGAUUACACCAAGAAACAACUACAGGAAAUGAUUCCAGGCUUGACUGUUUAUGGUAUAGACCAGGCACGUCUACAUGCUUCAGUGCAUGGAGAAGGUUCACAAGUUCCAAAACAAAUGAAGCAAAACCGUCAAAGACUACCACAGUGGAAGGUUGCUCAUGCUUUGGAUUUCUUCUUCAAUCCUCUAUUUCAUCAGGUCAGCUCAUAUGGAACCAAAGAGAUGAAACUGAAUACUGGAGAAAAGAUUUUAAUACCAGAAGUGGUUCGAACUGUUUGCCAUGCCAACUUGGUCCACAUGUACCAAGCCUUUUGUAAAGAAGCAGAUGUUGAUCCACUAUCUAGAUCGUCUCUUUUUGAAAUUUUGAGGGUUUGUCCAGCUUCCAAAAGAACAAGUUUGAGAGGCCUAGAUAAUAUUGCCACUGAUGGAUCCACAGCUUUUGACACUUUAGAUGAAGUUAAAAAGCAGCUUAAACUUUACUUAACUGACACUGAAGUACACAAUGAUUUAGAGAAGACUGAGCAAGAUCUCCAUUUAUUUAAACUAUAUAUAAAAACUGACUUUAAACUGCAUACAUCAUUAGCUGACCAGUGCCCUGACCACUGCAUUAUGUUCGCAUUGUCUGAUCCAAAAGAUCAAACACUUCAAAAUAAAUGUACCCACAGUCAUAACAUGGUUUGUGAUAGAUGUGAGCUGUUCUCCAGGUCUAUAAUCAAUCUCAAAAGAAUUACAUCUGAAGAGAAAGGCAAGUUUUAUCUUACUGUAUUGCAGCUAUUCCAGUGGAACUUAAGUCUGAACUUCUUCAGGAUAUUGAAGUAG